CAAAAGAACGGCAAAACAGAAAAAGGCGUCACAAAAAUGAAGUGAAAGGUCCUCAAAACUUAGUAGCGCCAAGUUUGAGUAUGCUUUACUUUGCAAUAUCCAUGCAAUAAUCUGUACCCCGUGUCCGACGCACCCCUCCAGAUUUGCAAAACCGCUCCAUGGCUACGACAUCAGAUCAUGACCAUCAAGCCCCAACGGAGGAGCCAGAGCCUGAAGGACCCCCUCCUCAAGAACCCCCUCCAGUUUAUCAAGCUGCAGAAUGCGAAACCGUUGGAGAAGCGCCUGAACUGGAAGCAACAGAGCUGGAGCAACUGAGACGCAAUUACACUCGAGCCUCGAAAUCAACAACUAUAUCCAAAAAGCCGACAACCCCUCUACAACGUUUCACCUAUGCCAUCGCAAAAUUUUGGAGACACCAAGUCAGUGUCACGGUUCCCCAUGAGUCGUGCAGAGAUCAUCUAGCUCUUGAACGGACAUUCCUUGGAUACCUCAGGACCUCUUUGGCUCUGUCAAUGCUAGGUAUCACUGUUGCACAACUCUUUCGCCUCCAACAUUCCCCGACUCCGAGUAAAACAUUUGGAUUCUACGUACUUGGAAAGCCCCUGUCAUGUGUUUGCCAAGGUGCAGCGCUAUAUACUCUGGGAAUUGGGGCUCUUAGGACUUGGAGAUCGCAGAAUGCGAUUGUCCGAGGUAAGGCUCUUUCUGGAGGCUUUGAGCUGGUUUUUCUUGCUGGCGCGAUAUUCCUCAUCCUUAUUUUAUUCCUGGGCCUCAUGAUCGCGGUCGAUAUCAAGAAGGAUAUAAGCCCCUGAUGAGAUCUGUCAAAGAUGACAGAGU